AUGACCGACAUCGAGAAGAAUGCGGGCAAGGCGUCCGUCACCGGUGAAGACUUGGCGUCGGUGUUGCUGAGACACACCCACGAAUACGACCUCUACGUCGCCACCCUGAACCCCACCCUCAAGGAAGGCGGCGGUCAUGGGUUGAAGAAGGCGCUUUCCUCGCGUCAGGUGUCGAUGAUUGCCCUCGGUGGUGCCUUGGGUACUGGUUUGCUUAUUGGUACCGGGUCGGCGUUGAAGGCGGCUGGUCCGGGUGCGAUUUUCGUCGCCUACUCCGCCAUUGGGUUUGUGGUGUUUAUGGUGAUGACGGCCUUGGGUGAAGUGGCCGCGUUUAUUCCCCUUAACGGGUUUGCCAACUACUGUCAACGUUACGUCGAUGACGCCCUCGGUUUUGCUUGUGGUUAUGUGUACUUGUUCAAAUACCUUAUUUUGCCUGCGAACCAGUUGGUCGCAGGGUCGAUGACUAUGCAGUACUGGGUUAAAGCCGAGCGCGUCAACCCCGCCAUAUGGGUACUCGUGUUCCACAUCGUCAUUGUCAUCAUUAACCUUGCCGGUGUCCGAUUCUUCGGGGAAAUUGAAUUCUGGAUUUCGUCGAUUAAGGUCAUCACCUGUCUUGGUUUGAUUCUUCUUUUGUGGAUUAUCGCCCUCGGUGGUGGUCCUAACAAUGACCGUAUUGGGUUCCGUUACUGGAAGAACCCCGGGGCAUUUUUGGAAUUCAGCUCGGGCAAGGACUUUGUUAUACAUGGUUCCAAAGGCCGUUUCGUUGCUUUCGUUUCGGUGUUGGUUACUGCCGUGUUCGCAUACUUGGGUACGGAAUUGGUCGGUAUCACGUUCGCCGAAACCCGUAACCCGAGAAAGUCUAUUCCUAAGGCCAUUCGUUUGACCUUCUACCGUAUCGUGGUGUUCUACGUCUUGUCGAUCUUGUUCUUGGGGAUGUCGGUGUCUCCCAGAGACCCUCUCCUCAUGUCCCCCGAUGGUAACUCGUCGUCGGCGUCGGCAUCGCCCUUCGUCAUUGCCAUUAGAAACGCUAACAUCAGUGGUUUGCCUCACGUCAUCAACGCCGCCAUCUUGUUGUUCGUGUUGUCUGCCGCCAACUCCGAUAUGUACGUGUGCUCGCGUACCAUCUACUCGUUGGCUGUGGCCGGCUACGCUCCCAAGUUCUUCCUUAAGACCAACCGCAUGGGGGUUCCUUACUACGGUAUUGCUCUCUCGUUCGCCUUCUGCUGCUUGGCUUAUAUGACUGCCUCCGACGAUGCCAGAACCGUGUUCAACUACUUCGUCAACGUGGUGUCCUUGACUGGUUUGAUCGCCUGGUCGUGUAUCCUCAUCAUCCACCUCAGAUUCAUGAAGGCGUUGAAGGUUCAAGGGUUCGACAGAACUCGUGACUUGGCCUACAAGUCGCCGUUGCAACCCUACGGUUCGUACGCCGCCCUUUUCAUUUGUGUCCUCAUCAUCUUCAUUAAGAACUUCACUGUGUUCAUCCACAAGUUCGACUACAAGAACUUCAUUACUGGUUACAUUGUGUUGCCGGUGUUCGUCAUCAUGUACUUUGGUUGGAAGAUCAUCUUCAAGACGAAGAUCGUCCGUGCCGAAGACAUUGACUUGGACACUUUCAGAGACGUCAUUGACGCCGAAGCUAUCAAGUUUGACCGUGAGGACGAAGAAAGAGCCGCUCUCAUGGAGGCUGAAGGCAAGAACAAGUGGACCAACCCCAAGUUCUUGUACGAAAAGGUCUUUGGCUGGAUCUUCUAA